AUGACAACAGAAAAAGAAACUGGAUCAUCCGUAGAUAUUACGGUAGUACAAAUUAACAAUGAUACGAACGAUGCGAGCACGGAAGGGAAAAAUUAUAAAAUAUCAUAUUGGAAAUUAUAUAAUCAUGCUACGAAGCAAGAUUGGAUUUUAAUGAUAUUUGGCUUGAUUUGUGCUGUCAUUGCUGGUAUCAUUGUCCCUUUGAUAACAGUUGUUUUCGGACAAUUAAUUGAUUACUUUUAUAAAUUUCAAACCAAACAAAUCUCUAAAGAUGAAUUCUUAAAUAAAGCCAAUUAUUUUACAACUUUUUUCGUUUAUUUUGCUAUAGUUACUUUUAUUACCAGUUAUUUUUAUAUGGCAUGUUGGAUCGCAACUGGUGAAAGAAUUACUCGAAGGAUUCGUGAACAAUAUUUACGUGCGGUAUUAAGACAAGAUAUCGCUUAUUUUGAUAAACUUGGUGCUGGUGAAGUUACUACGAGAAUUACUAAUGAUACUAAUUUAAUUCAAGAUGGUAUUAGUGAAAAAGUUUCAAUGGCAUUUACCUUUUUAGUGCAAUUUUUGGCGUCUUUUACUAUAGCAUUUAUAAUAAAUUGGAAAAUGACCUUAGUAAUCUUUGUUGAAUUUCCUUUGAUAAUGUUAAAUGGUGGAAUAUUUAAUAGACUUAUAGUUAAUUAUAAACUAAAGGUUUUAGAUUAUUAUUCUAAAUCUUCUACUAUAGCAGAAGAAUCAAUAUCUACAAUUAGAACAACUGUCGCAUUUUCUCAACAAAAAAAUGUUUCAAAACUUUAUGAUUCUAAAUUAGAAGAUGCUAAAUCAUCUGGCGUAAAAUCCAAUACUUUUAAUAGUUUAAGUAUGGGUACUAAUGAUUUUAUUUUGAAUUCAAUGUAUGCUUUGGCUUUUUGGUUUGGUGCAACUCAAAUUAUCAAUGGCGAGACAACUACAGGAAAAGUUGUUAGCGUAUUCUUCGCGGUAUUAAUAGGAAGUUUUUCCAUUGCUCAAAUUAUGCCUGAUGUUAUGGCAAUUAAUAGCGCUAAAGGAGCUGGAGCAAAAAUUUAUGAAACAAUAGAAAGAAUUCCCCCAAUAAAUAUUGAAUCGGAGGAAGGCGAUAAAUUAGAUAAUGUUAAAGGUCGAAUUCAAUUAAAGAAUCUCUCAUUUUUUUAUCCUUCACGCCCCGAAACAAAAACUUUGAAGAAUAUAUCUUUGGAUAUAGAACCUGGAACUACUGUUGCAUUAGUUGGUUCAUCCGGUUCUGGCAAAAGUACGAUUGUAUCACUAGUUCUUCGUUUUUAUGAUCCUAUCGAAGGAGAAAUUUUAUUUGAUGAUCAUGCUAUCAAAGGACUUAAUUUAAAAUGGCUUCGAAGACAAAUGAGUUUCGUGGGUCAAGAACCCGUUCUUUUUAAUACUACAAUUGCGAAAAAUGUAGCUCAUGGAUUAAUAGGAUCAAUUUAUGAAAAUAUUGAUGAAAAUAAAAAACAUGAAAUGAUCGUACAAGCUUGUACAAUGGCAAAUGCUCAUGAUUUUAUAAUGGAAUUAACUGAUAAAUAUGAAACAAACGUAGGAGAAGGAGGAUUUUUAUUAUCAGGAGGACAAAAACAACGUAUUGCAAUUGCAAGAGCGAUCAUAAAAGAUCCAAAAGUUUUAUUAUUAGAUGAAGCUACUAGUGCACUUGAUACUAAAAGUGAAAGUGUUGUACAGGAUGCUUUAGAUAAAGCUUCAAAAGAUAGAACUACAAUAGUUAUAGCUCAUAGAUUAUCUACCAUACGUAAUGCUACAAAAAUCGUUGUAAUGAAUAAUGGUGAAAUUAUUGAAGUUGGUAAUCAUGAUGAAUUGAUUCAAAAUCCAGAAGGAGCUUAUUCAAAAUUAGUUUCAGCACAAAAAAUUCAUGAAGAAGAAUCAAAAUCAAAAGACUUUGAAGAAGAAGAUUCUAUUAUUAUUGAAAAAGAUUGUACACUUACAAGAGUUAUUACAAAUAGAUCGUCAAAAUCCGGUAUUGAUGAAUAUAAUGAUACUGAAAAAGGAUAUAAUACGGAAUAUAAUCGUUAUUCAACUUGGGAAUUAAUUAGAAAAAUUAAUAAAAUUAAUGGUUCGCAACGAUAUUUACUAUUUAUUGGAAUAGCUGCUUCACUUAUUUGUGGCACGGCCUUUCCGGUAUUUUCUAUUAUAUAUGCAAAAGUUAUAAAUUCUUUUACGAAACCUAAAGAUGAAUUACGAAAGGAUUCAACAUUUUGGUCACUUAUGUUUCUUGCUAUCGGUUUUGUUAUUAUGACAUGUAGUUUUAUUGAAGGUUUAUGUCUCGGAUUGGCCGGAGAAAAUCUCGUUCUUCGAAUUCGUUCAACAUUAUUUUCUUCAAUAUUAAGACAAGAUAUUAGUUUCUUUGAUAAAGAAGAUAAUAAUGUUGGUGGUUUAAUUAGUGUAUUAACAUCGAAUGUUACAGAUAUUGGUGGACUGGCUACUGCUCUUGGUUCUAUCUCCCGAAUUCUUGCUACAAUUAUAGUGGGAAUUAUAGUUGCAUUAAUAAUUGGAUGGAAGUUAACACUUGUAAUAUUAACAACGGUACCUAUAUUAAUGGUCGCCGGUUAUUUUAAAUUUAAGAUGAUGGCGGGAUUCAAAUCACGUACACUAAAGAUUUAUGAAAAAUCUGCACAAAUAGCGUGCGAGGGAACAUCUAAUAUUCGUACUGUUGCUUCUUUAACAAGAGAAGAAGAUUUAUUAAAAAUAUAUAGUAAUAUGUUGGAUGGUCCAAUGAAAGAAGGACUUCAUAAUGCAAUUUUUGGUAGUCUAAUUUAUGGUUCAGCAUCUAGUAUAAAUUUUCUAGGUAAUGCUUUAGCAUUUUGGUAUGGAACUCAUUUGGUAUUACUUUAUGGAGCGAUGUCAAGUGGACGUAUUUUUAGUUUCGCACCAAAUAUAACAAAAGCAAAAAUUUCAGCAGAAUCUAUUGUAAAAUUAAUUGAAAAUAUUCCAGAAAUAGAUUCUUGGUCUCAAAGUGGAAAAAAUAUUGAUGAUAUUAAAGGACAUAUCAAAUUUUCUAAUGUUUAUUUUCGUUAUCCUACACGUCAAAAUGUACCAGUACUUAAUGGACUUAAUUUAAACAUUGAACCAGGUCAAUUUUCUGCAUUGGUUGGACCAUCAGGAUGUGGUAAAAGUACUACAAUAGGAUUAAUUGAAAGAUUUUAUGAUGUGAUGAGUGGAACAAUUCAAUUAGAUGGAGUUUGUAUAAGUACUUUAAAUGUUAAUAAUUUAAGAAAAAAUAUUUCAGUUGUUAGUCAAGAACCUUCUUUAUAUGAUAUGACCAUAAAAGAAAAUAUUUUAUUUGGUUGUAAUACAGAUCAAAAACCAACGCAAGAAGAUAUUGAAAGAGUUUGUAAGGAAGCUAAUAUUCAUGAUUUUAUUAUUAACUUACAAGAUGGAUAUGAUACUCCUGUUGGUAAUAAAGGAACUCAAUUAUCUGGAGGACAAAAACAAAGAAUCGCAAUUGCAAGAGCUUUAAUACGGAAUCCAAAAAUUUUAUUAUUAGAUGAAGCGACUUCAGCUUUAGAUUCUGAGUCAGAAAAAGUUGUACAAGCAGCUUUGGAUCAAGCUGCAAAAGGUAGAACUACAUUAGCGAUAGCACAUAGAUUAUCAACAAUUCAACAUGCUGAUAUUAUUUUCGUUAUAAAAGAUGGUAAAGUAGCUGAAGAAGGUACUCAUCAAGAAUUAUUAACUAAAAAAGGAAUUUAUUAUAAUAUGGUACAAGAUCAAUAUUUGGGUAAAAUGAAUUAA